CCCGGAUUUGGGACCCGGUCUCCGGAAAAAUCCGGCCGGAUCCGGUCCGGUGCUGGGCACUAAUCAAAAACAAUACGUCAACUAAAGCAUUCCUUCAAAAAAUCUAUAGGAAAUUUUCUCACAAAAAAAAGUUAGGCGCACGAAAGAAAAUGUAAAAUAAGGAGAGUAAAUAACCAUUCGACUUGAAUUACAUUUUUAGCAAUAAUGAUGUGAAUAGAUAAAAGUCAAAGUUUAUUCUGACAUUUAUUUAUUCUCUUUUCGUUAAUCUUUAGAUUUUUCCUUAUUUUUCUCUUUAUUUUGCUUAAGUUUUAGAGUUAAUUAUGUCCAGCUUCAAGAAAUUAGCGAUUGACCAAACCGCUAUCGGAGGCAAACGUGUCUUAAUGCGCGUAGAUUUCAACGUUCCAAUAAAGGAUGGAAAGGUGGCCAACAAUUUGCGUAUUGUGUCAGCUUUGCCUACAAUUCAGUAUGCAAUUAACAAUGAGGCUAAAUCAAUUGUUCUGAUGAGUCAUUUGGGUCGACCGGAUGGAAUGCGUCAAGAAAAGUAUUCGUUAAAGCCAGUCCACACAGAAGUGGAGAAGUUGUUGGGCAGAUCCGUUAAAUUCCUCAAUGACUGCGUUGGUGCCGAAGUUGAGGCUCAAACAGCAAAUCCGGAUACUGGAACGAUCAUUCUUUUGGAGAAUUUGCGUUUUCAUGUCGAGGAAGAAGGAAAAGGAAAAAAUGCAGCGGGAGAAUCGGCAACCAAAGAAGCUGUAGAGGCGUUUCGUGCAUCGCUCUCAAAGCAUGGCGACAUUUAUGUGAAUGAUGCUUUUGGAACCGCACAUAGAGCUCAUAGUUCAAUGGUUGGCUGUUCGAUCAAUCCUCGCGUUUCUGGAUUUCUGAUGAAAAAAGAAUUGGAAUACUUUGCAAAAGCACUUGAUCAACCACAAAAACCGUUCCUUGCUAUCCUUGGUGGGGCCAAAGUCGCGGAUAAAAUCCAAUUGAUCAACAAUCUGUUGGACAAAGUGCAGGAGAUGUGCAUUUGUGGAGGAAUGGCCUUUACAUUUUUGAAGGUGCUGAAUGGGAUGGAGAUUGGUAAAUCUUUGUUUGAUGAGGAAGGCGCUAAAAUUGUGGGUGAUCUAAUGGCAAAGGCUAAGGAACGUAAUGUGAACAUGCAUUUACCGGUUGAUUUUGUUUUUGGCGACGAGUUUAAAGAAGACACUCCGCAUGGAAUUGUUGAUGCUAAAUCGGGAAUUCCAGAGGGAAAAAUGGGACUCGACAUUGGGCCAGAGAGCACAAAGAAAUUCGCUCAAGUAAUCACUUCUGCAAAAACUGUGCUUUGGAAUGGGCCGGCCGGUGUUUUUGAGUGGUCGAAUUUUGAUCAGGGAACUAAAGGUCUUUUGGAUGCAAUUAUUGAAGCAACGAAGGCUGGUGCAAUUACAAUUAUUGGUGGAGGUGACACCGCGACUGCAUGCGAGAAGUGGAAAGCUGAGGAUAAAGUUAGCCAUGUGAGCACUGGAGGAGGUGCAAGUUUGGAGUUGCUUGAGGGCAAAAUUCUUCCCGGUGUCGAAGCAUUGACUGAUCUUUAG